AUGCGUAUCCUCGCCCCAUCCCGCCGCCGUCUCCCUCGCCACAUCCUGCCCGCCUCCUGUGCACUCAGCUACACCCCCGCAGCGCGUACCCAGGCCACCACAGACAGGAACGAGUGGCUCGAUUUCCUCAAGACCGAAACACCCCAUACCCCAGAAUCAUCCGGCAAAGCCCUCUUGUUUGCUGGUCUCGGAUCAUACCCCCAUACUCCUCACGCGCCGACGCCGUCGUCAUUGCACCUCUGGGAAGAAGCAUCCGAAGCCUUAUUGAGCCCGGAUGCUACUAUCGGCUACCAGCCUAUACGGUCUGCCGACCAGGUCAAGGGGGGGCUGCGUAGCUGGGUCGAAGGGAGAAGCCUCGACGACUUGAUGAAACGCCCAGAUAUCACCACUUCCUUCAUCCUCGCGUCGUCCCUUGCCAUCCUCAAGAGUGAACAAGAGAGGAAUGGGUACGAUACGCUCUUGCCGCCCGAGAUCACGCACCUGGCCGGGCACGGGUUUAUAGGAAUGUUGACGGCGCUGGUGGCUGCUGGCAAGCUCGACCUCGCUACCGGCGUCCGACUCGCUCGGAUCUACGCGACCCUCCCUCCUUCGCCUCCAGGCCGCAACAGACCCCACCUCACCACCGUUCUCUCUGCCCGACACUUCCACUCCCUCUCCUCGCCCUCCUUUUCCGUCCCUCCCCCGACGCACUAUGCUACCUCGGACGACGACCCGCUCCCGCCCCUCGCUGCUAAAGAUCCUGCUUCCGGGGAAGUCGAAGUCGGCGAGAGACAGGGCAGACGGCGGGCGAUGCAGUUGAUUUUGGACGAGAUCCAUGGGCUGGAACCCCAGUGGGCAGAGCAUUCACAGGAGGGGCAUGAAGAGUGGGCCGAAGCUGGCAUUAUCAACAGCAGCAAAGUGGUCGUCGUAUCUGGCACGCACGAUGCGGUACUGCAAGUGAUUGAAAGACUGCAGCAACUCAACCUCGCCAACCCCGUGAUGGAUAUCCACAUGCCAUGCCCGUACCACACCAAACUCAUGUCGCACGCCGUGCCCAACUUUAGAGACGUGCUCGACCGGUGCUACUUUACCAAAAAGCCGGACGGGCCUGUCAUCCUGGAUACCGUCACUACCAAACCUAUUGGCAAUUCUGCCUCUGCACUCUUGCCGCACCUGACUGAUCAGCUGCGCUGGCACAAGACGCUCGUUCGGCUCUACUCAACCCCCACGCCCGAGGUAGGCACAUUCUACACGGUCGGCCGGGGCGCAAAAGGUCUCGGCAUCAUGCUCCGGGGAGAGCUCAAGAGGCGGUUGAACGGCAGUGCGCCGAUCCAUAUCGAAGAGAUGGGCGUGGGACCGAGGGAUGAGAGAUUGGUGCGGGCUUUGAGGGGCUGA